AUGGUCUGGUUUACUUUUAAAGUACAAAUUAUUUUAUUAUUGGCAUGUCCAAUGAUUAUACCGAGUACAAACGCGGAAUUUGACUCAAUGGAGUUCUGGAGAAAACGUAACAACCUUAUAGAUGAAGAAAAGUCAUUGGCGUUCGGUGGAAAAACACCCUUUUAUUCUGAGAGCGAAAUUCGAGCCAAUGAUAUACUAAUGAAGCAUAAGUCAUCUGAAAUAAACGAAGCCUUUUUCAAUUCAUCCGAAUUUGCUCCUUCACGUAAUUUUAUGAGCGUAAGAAAAAGCAUCGAGGACUCAAACGUGUUCAAAAUAAUAAGAAAAAUGCCUAAAGGUGCAGUGCUGAAUGUUCAUGCAUCAGCGCUGGUUUCAGCUAAGUGGGUCUAUGAAAACGUUACUUUCCGCGACAAUGUAUACAUUUGUAUUCGUCCUGAAAAAUUACUGCUACGCAUUUUCGAUAAACCCUCUAAUGAUUGUAACUGGCAACUACUCAGCGACUUACGCAAUGCUAACGAAACGGCCCGAACGCAGAUAAACUCACGCAUCCUAAGACAACUAACGUUAGGUACAGAAGGUCAAGCUGAAUCUUAUUCCAGUGAAGAUGACCUAUGGGCAAAAUUCAAGAAAGUUUUCGAUCUUAGAGUUCCAUUGCUUCGAUACAAACCAUUAUUUGAAGACUAUCUUUAUCAAGGUCUCAAAGAAUUGUAUGAUGAUAAUGUUUUUUUUCUGGAAGUAAGGACGCCGCUAUUGGAAAUGUAUGAUCUUGAUGGAAAGACUUACGAUGAAAAAGAAUCGACUGAAGUCUAUAUUAAUGUUACUAACAGAUUCAUGAGAGAUCAUCCAGAUUUCAUGGGAGUUAAGAUAAUUUAUUCAAUCUAUCGAAAAAUGAUAUCAUCGAAUUUGACAGAAACCAUCAAAAAAAUAAUUCAAUUACAGCAAAUAUAUCCAAAUGUAAUUGCUGGAAUUGAUCUAAUUGGUCAAGAAGACCUCGGCUAUCCGCUCCGAAACUGGAUAUCAGUCCUUGAGCCUUUCAUCAACAAAACAGAUUUCUAUUUCCAUGCCGGUGAAACCAACUGGUAUGGUCUUGAAUCCGACGAAAAUCUAUUUGACGCAGUUCUAUUAAAUUCAAAGCGUAUUGGCCACGGCUAUGCGAUUGUGAAGCACCCGAAAAUAAUGGAGCUGAUAAAACAGAAACGUAUGGCCGUUGAAGUAUGUCCAAUAGCUAACCAAGUUCUGGCGCUGAUUACUGACCUUCGUAAUCAUCCGGCUAGUAUCUUGUUUGCUCAAAACUUCUCAAUCGUCAUCUCAAGCAAUGAUCCAGGCGUUUGGGGAGCAACUGCUCUCAGCUAUGAUUUCUACGAAGCUUUCAUGGGCUUGAUGUCUAACCACUCUGAUAUUAGGGCCCUCAAACAACUGGCAAUCAAUUCGAUUCACUUCAGCAGCAUGAAUCAAGGCCAGAAAGCGCGCGCUGUCGAAAUUUGGGUUCAAAAAUGGAAAGAUUUUGUUGAUAUGGUUUAG